AUGAUAACGGAGAACGUAGACACGCGAAGCGCCAACACGGAUCUGUUGGACAGCGAGACCAGCCCCAUAGCGUCCCGGUCGGGAAGGAUAUUCCGAAGCUUCGGCGCCCUGUUCGGGCAUGGACAGCGCAAUGGGAACGGCGAUGAUGCGGACCGAUAUGUUGAGUUCGGAGUGAGCGAUCCGGAAAGGAACGGGCGCACGCUGGGCACGUUCGCGGGGGUUUUCUGCCCCGUGGCCUUGUCUAUGUUCAGCGCUUUGGUUUUCAUUCGAGUUGGCUACAUUGUGGGGAAUGCAGGGCUGUACGUAACCCUGGCCCAGUUUGUGAUUGCGUACCUGAUCCUGCUGUUCACCGUCGCCUCGGUUUGUGCGAUCUCAACGAAUGGAGCCGUGGAAGGCGGCGGAGUGUAUUAUAUGAUAAGCCGCACGCUGGGCCCCGAAUUCGGAGGCUCGAUUGGAACUUUAUUCUUCCUGGCCAACGUCGUUGGAUGCGCCAUGGCGAUCUCAGGUUGCACUGAAGGAAUCAUGGAAAACUUCGGACCCGGCGGGUACCUGGCGCACAGCGAGGAAGGGCUGCUGGCAGACAGUGCCAACUGGCGCUUCCUCUACUGCAGCUUGAUCAACACUCUGAUGCUGAUAGUGUGCCUGAUCGGUGCCUCGAUGUUCGCCAAAACAUCAGUCAUGAUCCUGGGAAUAGUCACCAUUUGCCUGUUCUCGACGUAUAUAAGCUUCUUGUCAAAAGGUGCUAUGCAGGUGCCCAUCCCCGAUGAGAAUCAUCUGGUGCAAAACGAAACAAUGAAAGUCAACGGAACCUACACAGGACUCUCGUCCAACACGCUCCUCGAGAAUCUCUACGAAAACUACGGUCGCGAUUACACCUCUAAAGGCGCGGAAGUGAAUUUCGCAACCGUGUUCGGUGUCCUGUUCGCUGGUGUGACGGGAAUCAUGGCUGGCGCUAACAUGUCGGGUGAAUUGAAGAAUCCAUCGAGAAGCAUCCCGUCCGGCACUCUCUCCGCGGUGGCGUUUACCUUCUGCUGCUACAUUAUUCUGUCAGUUCUCAUGGCUGCAACUACGAGCAGCUUCCUCCUCAAGAAUGACUACUUGUUCCUGAUGCCGGUUAACAUCUGGCCGCCAUUUACAGCCAUUGGCAUCCUCACUGCAACUUUCUCCACCGGACUCAGCAAUUUGAUAGGUUCGAGCCGAAUCCUUGAAGCUUUGGCCAAAGAUUUGGUAUUUGGAAAGUUACUUCGCUUUGUCAUCCGCGGAACAUGGAAAGGCAACCCGAUUGCCGCCGUCGUGACCAGUUGGGUGCUCGUGGAAAUCAUCCUCCUAAUGGGAUCCUUGAAUUCCAUCGCCCAAAUUAACUCCGUUCUGUUCAUGCUGUCGUACUUAGCCACCAACCUUGCUUGCCUCGGAAUCGAGAUGACAGGCGCCCCCAAUUUUCGCCCCACAUUCAAGUUCUUCACAUGGCACACGUGCUUCAUCGGUUUGCUCGGAACUCUUGUGAUGAUGUUCGUCAUCAACCCGAUUUACGCGUCCUCAAGUAUCAUUCUCUGCUUGAUUUUAGUCAUAGCCUUGCAUAUCUUCUCGCCAGCAUCGCAGGGAACGCAAUGGGGCUCAAUUUCGCAAGCUUUGAUGUUCCAUCAGGUGCGGAAGUAUCUGCUAAUGUUGGACUCGCGCAAGGAUCACGUUAAAUUCUGGCGUCCUCAAAUGCUUUUGCUGGUUUCGAGCCCCCGGUCGUGUUGUCCCUUGAUCGAUUUCGUGAACGACAUGAAGAAGAGCGGGCUCUACGUCAUCGGACACGUCCAAAUCGGAGACUUCACAAACGUUGAUCGCAACAACGAAAUGAUUGUCGAGGACACAAAUCAUUGGCUGUCGCUGAUAGACCAUUUAAGGGUAAAAGCCUUCGCCGAAGUAACUCUAGCGAAUUCAAUCCGCGAAGGUGUCCAGCACCUAAUGCGCCUGUCCGGCAUUGGAGCCAUGAAGCCAAACACAAUCAUCCUAGGCUUCUAUGAUGCCGAGGUUAUCCGUGAUUUCUUUGAAAUCGAGGGAUCGCCGUACAACACGACAAAGUUCAAUGAGCGCGGUCAGCGACUCUUCUCUGUGCGUCGCAACGAGAAGCAUCUAAGCGCGCAAGAAUAUGUGGCCAUAAUUUACGAUACGCUGCGGAUGAACAAGAACGUUUGCUUGUGUCGGCACUUCCAUCGAUACGAUAAGCAUUUUAUUGCCAAGAGUAAUCACAUCAAGUACAUCGACGUCUGGCCGAUUAAUGUUUUUGAGCCGAAGAAUGAAGAUCCAUUCGAUACGGUCUCGUUGUUUAUGAUGCAGCUGGCGUGCAUAAUUAAUAUGCUCAAGAAUUGGAAGCGAUUGACCUUGAGGAUUUUCUUGUGCGAGUCUGGAAACUCGGGUGUUGUAAGUUCAUUCAAUUUGAGUGGUGCACAGAGUGUGGAGCAAUUCUCCCGGCAGAAACUGGAAAGAACUCUGAAGCAAUUGCGGAUCAAUGCAGAUAUCCAUGAGAUCGACGAAUGGAACAAGAAUUCAGAAUUCAUGCGACAAGCAGCAAUUCUAAAACAAUUCACGAUAAACGCCGAUCCAAACGUGGAGACCAUCACCGAGGAGAAUUUGAACAGAUCACGGCUUUAUAUGCAACGAGUCAACCAGAUCAUCCGGCAACGCUCCGAUCAAACCGCAGUCUCAUUCAUUUACCUCGCAGCACCACCGCGAAUUGAUUCGCCAACAUGGGAACGUGACAGCCUCCAAUAUCUGGAGCUUUUAACAGAACUCACCUCAGAUCUUCCACCAACAAUUUUAGUUCAUGGAAUAAAUACUGUAACCUCUACAACGCUGUAAUGAUAAUGCGAAACGAGGGGGUAGAUUUCUUUUUAUUAUUUAUUUAACACUGAACAGAGAGUCCGACGGAUUAUAAGUGAUACAAGGUCGACUACGUAAUACGAAAGAAUCUGCAUUGACAUCAAUAUCACUCUUAGGAAAAUAGGUUCAAUGAAUAAGUUUCGAUCGAAAGUGUUUUAUGUGUUGAUAAUUCGUUUUAAUUUUAGUUUAUUUAUUGUGUUUUGUGUUGUAGAGUGUUCUCUGAGUUACAAACUCAUCUUGAGGUUCCUUUUAAUACUGCUCAACGUUAUAUUUUGCUCCUUCCAUGGCUGCCUUCAUAUGUAAGUGAGAUUUAGUUCAUUCAUCAGCUUUCGAUUGAAACUUAUUUACAUCUCAAGCGUGCAUGUACUAUAAUUCCUAUCUAUCACCACCAAUUGCAAACACCACCACAUACUUUCUACCAUUCUAUAAAAAUGUGAUUUAAUACCAUGUGAGAAAAUGAACAAACUAGUAAAAUCGUGUAAUGUUUAGAUGCGUAACAUUUAAUGGAAGUUUAUUUAUAAACAAACAAAAAAAACUAUUAAACUAUUGUAUCGGAAAGGACACUACUAUUAAACCUGUAUGUUAUCAUUAGGCUAGGAAAAUCCCAAGUUGGAUAACAAAAAAAAAGUGAUAACUCAGCUUUUAUUUAUUUAAUUACUUUGGAACAAUAAUACUUUGAAUAUCAUGACCAUUUAAUUUUAUUGUUUUUAUCGGGGAUGAUUGGGCUGGUCGUUGCAUUCUAUGGGAUUGGGGCAAGACCGGAAGGCUUUAAUUUCACGAUUAAUUGAUUUUCUUAUCUAACUAAGUUGGGCGUAUAAGCUUACAGCGAACCAAGGGUUGACUGUUGAACUAUUUUAAAAUUUUAGACAAAUGAAAAAGAGACAUAUCUAAUAAAUUCAUACAAAACAAAAACAUCCUCGUGUUCAAAUGUUAUAUAUUUUUCCAAAACUAGAUGAAUUGUGAGUUGAAAAGCCAAAAAACCCUCUUCAUUUGAAAAUCAGAAUGCAUAGCUUUCGAAAAAAAAUGUUCAGUGACUUUCCCAGAUCGAAAUUAACCAUUUAAACACAAGCUUUAAAUAAUUAACCACGUUCCAGUUGAAGCAUCUGAAGUGAAAUCUCAUCUUCGUCAGGCCUAGAACAAUAGGAGUCAGACAUUGCAAGUGUUGCGAUGGCCACCCAUAGAACGUAUUCAGUUUUGUUAGUCUACACAUGGGAACGGUUCAUUAAGGAACAAUAUGUUGAAUAGAUAAUAAAAUCCUGUAAUAUUUUCUCAUUAUAAAACCAUUUUUUUACACAAAGUAUUAAAACUUUUAGUUCUCAAGUAAUUUCAAAAGCUUCUCAAGAAAAUUCUAAUAUAUUUUCUAAAAUGCUAAUUGAAAUAUAAAUUGAAUAUUAAUAUGAAAAUUGAAAUAGUAUUUUUAAGACAAAGGAAUAUAUAUAAUAUAUUUAA